AUGAAGACGCUGCACUUGGCUCUGAUUCUGCUCUCGCUGUCCGGUGUUCUCACUCAGGACAGUAGAUGGGGUGUGAAUUAUCCUGAUAAUCCGAUCUGUGCUGUGAGAGGAUUCAGUGUCUCCAUUCCCUGUAGUUAUUAUUAUCCAACAUCAAAUCCCAACAUUCAGGUGACACAAAUGCUUUGGUGCUCAAUGAACAACAACAAGGAUGUGUGUUCAGACCCUCCAUAUGUUUGUAAAAGCUCAUCAAACACCACGUCAGACUUUGAGUACGUUGGAGACGACAAAUCAAACUGCACUUUGUUAAUCCACAAUGUACAGUUCAGUUAUUCUGGAGAGUACAAAUUCAGAUUUAUAACUGAUGAGCCCGGUGACAGAUGGACAGGACAACCUGGAGUGACUCUACAAACUGGAGAUUUAAAGGUGUCACUAAUCAGGCUCAGUGGAAACGGAACCCUUAAACAAGGAGACUCGUUAAAUCUGAUGUGUGAUGUGAACUGCACACACAGUUCCUCACAGUUUGUGUGGUCUAAGAACAACGAGCAGUUAAACACAUCAGGACCCGUUCUUCACUUUCCUGCUCUAACCGAGAGGGAUUCUGGGAAUUACACCUGCACUUGGAAAACCAAGGAGACGUCAGGAUCUAAAACCAUCAGCCUUCAGGUCGAGGAUCUUGAUGGUCGGUCAGUCUGGAUGAUUGUUUUAGUGACGGCUGGAGUGAUGUUCAUGGUGUUCGCUAUCCCAGCUGUGAUUUACAACAGGAGGAGGAAGUUUAAAGCUGCAGAAGAAAACAGGGGGGAAAGUGGAGAGAAAACACAGACAAAGCUACAGUCACAGCAAGUUUCUCAAGAUCCUGGUGAAGAAACGCUGAACAAGGAAGUGACUCACACAUCUAUCCAAAAGAAAGCAAAGACCAAAGGGUCACAGGUCACAGCGCAGCUUAAUCAAGUUCCUCAGCUUGGUGAAGAAGUGUUAGAUGAAGAAGUGACUUAUGCGUCUGUGUGCGUCAAACCCAACAAACCAACCAAACAGCGUGUCCACACUGAGCAGCAGGAGGAGGACGAUUCUGUAAUCUACAGCACUGUGAAAACGGCCUGAUGAUGCUUUCACACCUCAUUCACCCACAGUGCAGAUGAGUUUUAUUUAGUUAUCAUCAUAAUGCCUGGGAUGUUUCCACACAUGGAACUCAUUAUGGUUUAAGACUCGCUAAUAUCACAGGAAGUGGCAGUUUAUUUACUGUAAACAUCCUGUCUGGAAGUUGUGAGGCCACGCCCCCUUACACCAAGCACUUACUGUAUAAUAAUGGACAAAGCGAUCCGUCUGCAUUAAAUAUAUAAGAUGUGUGUAAGAGGCUACUUUUAGUGCAACAACCAUGUGUAGAUCAUGAAGACACGCCCAUCUGUGUGAUUCAUACAGAGAGCCCUUAUCCUGUGGGAUUUUGUUCAGAAUCACUACAGACGUCCUCACACAACAUUACUUAAGUCCAGAAAACUAAUCCGGUCCGAAUACGGCUUUAGAAACAAGAUUUUCUGAUUCUGAUGUUGAUCAUCACCAUUUAAUGCAGGGAGUUUUUAAUGAUAUAAAAUCCCGGCACUGCCGAGCUGACACUGUUGGAUUCAUCAGCAAAGUUCUUUAAACUUCAUCUACUCGCUCAGCUGUAAGUCUCUUUAGAUAAAAGUGUCAGACAAAUGUGGAAAUGAAAUUGAUUGUUAUUAUAAAGAAGCAAACCAAAGAGGUUUUUUUUCUUUUUCUUUUUAACAAAAACCUAUUUUAAUCAUUAUAUCAAAAUAUUUAGUUUUGGCUUUGUAUGUACAAAGUGAUGCAUGUGAUGUGUAAAGCAUUGUCUUUCUAUUUUUAAGAUGUUAUAUUUUCUUACUUCAUUAACACAGUAACAGUGAUGAUGAUGAUCACGCCCACUGCUGUGUUAAUAUUUUUCCUUGGUAUGUUUUUUCAUUGCUUUUACACCAGAUUCACAAGUCUCUAGGUUGAUUUAGCAAAUAAUUGUAUAAAGGUUGAGUAUAAUUACAGAGUGUAUGUUUAUAUCUUCAAAUACAGAAAAUGUGUUCAGGUCUGCUUCAGAUGAUAUUACCAUUGAGUAGUGAAAACCUGAACGUCUGUACAGUGUACACUUUUCA